CCGAAAUCCCCACGGGCUGGGCACGUUGCCGGCCCCCCCGCCGCCAUGGCGUCGCCGGCCGUCAGCCCCGACUCAUCCUCCCACGAAGCCCUCUCCUCCGUCAACUCAGCCCCGGCCUGUUCACCCACCUCCGACUCGGAAAACCUCAGCCCCGACGAACUGGAGCUGUUGGCGAAACUGGAAGAGCAAAAUCGGCUACUGGAGGCCGACUCCAAGUCGAUGCGCUCUAUGAACGGCUCGCGAAGGAACAGCGGCUCCUCCUUGGUCUCCAGCUCCUCGGCCUCCUCCAACCUCAGCCACCUCGAGGAGGACACCUGGAUCCUCUGGGGCCGCAUCGUCAACGAGUGGGACGAGUGGAGGAAGAAGAAGGAGAAGCUGCUGAAGGAGCUCAUCCGCAAAGGGAUCCCCCACCACUUCCGUGCCAUCGUCUGGCAGCUGCUCUGCAGUGCCACCGACAUGCCUGUCAAAAACCAAUACUCGGAGCUGCUCAAGAUGUCCUCUCCCUGUGAGAAGCUCAUCCGACGGGAUAUCGCCCGCACCUACCCAGAGCACGAGUUCUUCAAGGGACAGGACAGCCUGGGCCAGGAGGUGCUCUUCAAUGUCAUGAAGGCCUAUUCGCUGGUGGACCGGGAGGUCGGAUACUGCCAGGGUAGCGCCUUCAUCGUGGGACUGUUGCUCAUGCAGAUGCCCGAGGAAGAGGCCUUCUGCGUCUUUGUGAGGUUGAUGCAGGAAUACCGCUUACGGGAGCUCUUCAAACCCAGCAUGGCCGAGCUGGGGCUCUGCAUCUACCAGUUUGAGUAUAUGCUGCAGGAGCAGCUGCCAGAGCUGAACAUCCACUUCCGCUCACAGAGCUUCCUCACCUCCAUGUAUGCCUCGUCUUGGUUCCUCACCCUCUUCCUCACCACCUUCCCUCUUCCCGUGGCCACGCGUGUCUUCGACAUCUUCAUGUAUGAGGGGCUGGAGAUCGUCUUCCGCGUAGGGAUGGCACUGCUGCAGUUCAACCAGGCUGAGCUUGUUCAGCUCGACAUGGAGGGCAUGUCCCAGUACUUCCAGAAGGUGAUCCCACACCAGUUCGACAGUUGCCCCGACAAGCUCAUCCUCAGGGCCUUCCAGGUCAAGUACAACCCCAAGAAGAUGAAGAGGUUGGAGAAGGAGUAUGCCACCAUCAAGAACAAAGAGAUGGAGGAGCAGAUCGAGAUCAAGCGCCUCCGCACUGAGAACCGCUUGCUGAAACAGCGCAUCGAAACCCUGGAGAAGGUAAGCCCCACGGCUAGCACCCCAAACCCUCACUGGGGACACCUCAAACCCCCACUGGGGGCACCCCAAAGACCCCUGGGGAGCGCGGCUCUCACCCGCCGGCGCCCCCAGCCCACCAUCCGCCAGCUGCAGGACCAGCAGGGGAACCCACGCUUCAGCGAGGAGUUUGUCACCCACCUGGAGACGGAGCUGGAGCAGUCGCGGCUGCGGGAGAGCGAGACCCUCGGCGCCCUCAAGGAGAUGCAGGAUAAAGUCCUCGACAUGGAGAAGAGGAACAGCCUGCUGCCGGACGAGGACAACGUGGUGCGGCUGCAGGAGGAGCUGCAGGCGCUGGCGCUCAAGGAGGAGGUGAUGGCGGGGGGGGUGGGCGGGGCCGCCCGCCCGCACCCGCAGAGGGAGGAGGGCAUGAUCCAGGGGCAGCUCAACCACUCGGACGCCACCCAGUACAUCCGCCAGCUCAAGGACCACAUCGACGAGCUCAAGGCCGAGAUCCGGCUGCUGCGGGGGCCGCUGGCCUUCGGGGCGGUGGGGCUGGGGACACGCCUGGGGGACGAGGACUCGCUGGGUUCCUCCGACGAGGAGCUGCCACCCUUCGCCCUGACCCACGGGGACAUCAGGGACCUCGGGGACCUCGGGGACAUGGGAGACAGCAGUGACAGCGAGACCGAGGGGGCACCCACGGCACCGUGACCCAGGGGGACAUCGGGGACAUGGGGGACAGCAGCGACCAGUGAGA